CAAAAUUCAAGGGCCUUAUCUGUUCCAACUCGUAUUCGUUGAGAACUGAGAACAGCUCACUCUUUCGGAUUUGGUAUUUCGGAGUCACUGUGAUUGUGAAUGGCGCACUCUGUGUGUUUUGCUCCAAUUUGUUCGUUGAUAUCCUCAAAAAGACCUGGGUCUGUUACCGGUAAUUCAGUUACCCAAAAGGCUUUUGGGAUGAAAGAAGCAUGCCAUAACUCUAAAGUUCGAAAAUUUCUGUCUUUGGAGGUGAAGGCUACAGAAGACAAAAAUCCUCGUAGUCCAAGCACAAAAUCUAAGAGCAUUGUUUGUUCUGAUUGUGACGGAAAUGGUGCAAUAUUAUGUACUCAAUGCAAAGGUACUGGAGUUAAUUCUGUAGAUCACUUCAAUGGACAGUUUAAAGCUGGUGGAUUAUGUUGGCUAUGCAGGGGUAAAAAGGAUAUUCUGUGUGGAACUUGUAAUGGAGCUGGCUUUCUUGGUGGAUUCAUGAACUCAUUUGAUGAUUAGAAGAUAGGCUAGAUCGAAGCCAAAGAUUCCUCUUAGCUAAACAAAGAAAAGGAAGUAGGAAUCUGCUUAUUCCUUUGUUGGUCUUUUUUGUCUUGUGAUUCUAUAAUGAAUAUUGCAGUUGCUGUAUCAAGAUUUUGUCUUAAUGCAUUUGUAUUCCGUGGUUGAGUAUAGACCCACCAGAUAGCGUUUAGUUGGAUUAAGAAAUGAUAGAAGUUCAUUUAAAAUAAUCAGGGAAACGAAAAUAAUAGCAGCAUAAGCAAAUGAGCAAAUCAAAUAAAGCAAAAAUGGAGGAGCUAAACCGUUUUUCUUUUUCAAUAAUGCCUAUUUUGAGCAUUAAGCUAAUAUCUAUUGCUGAUUUGUUCAUGUGGAUAUUAUUUGAUUCUAAAGUUCUCUUAACGGGGCAAUGUAUUUAUUGGUUGAAUGAUUGGCAUAUGAAAAUUUCAUGCGAAGUAUUAUAGGAAAUAAAUAAAUAACACCUACGCGAACAGCAUGGUUCGCAUGAAGGAAAAAGCACCCAUAAGAGCAUAUACACGAUCAAGAUGGAAGUUUUUAGACCAAAUAUUUUAAGGGAUAGUUUUUUUUUUUUGUU